UUGAGCGCCAUCGGCAACCACGCCAUCGAACAACUCACCAGUCGCAAUCGCGACCGCGAGGAGGGCCUGUCGGUAUCCCGCGAGGUGAUCCGCCUUUCCGCCAACGCCAUCCGCGCUGUCCAUCGCGCCGACUUCGACGAGGCCGCACGACUUAUCGGAUCCGCGGAAUCACGCCUGCAGGACUCAGAGCAUAUCCGCGCCGACAGUCCGCUCAUCUACAACGCGGGGUUUAUGAACGACGCCCGCAAGGAGUUCACCGAGGCCAACAUCACCCUGGCGGUCAUCUCCGGCAAUGACAUACCUUCCGCCGAGGACCUGGGCAUAGAUCCGCCCGCCUACCUCAAUGGGAUGGCCGAGGUCAUCGGAGAACUGCGCCGCUACAUCCUCGACGGCCUGCGCAAGGACAGCAUAGGGCGGUGCGAGGAGCUUAUGGAAGUCAUGGACGAAAUCUAUGGCGUACUGGUCACCGUGGACUUCCCCGAGGCAGUCACGGGUGGCCUGCGCCAUACCACCGACGCCAUGCGCGCCGUGCUUGAGCGCACCCGCGGCGACCUGACCAUCGCCCUGCGCCAGCGGGCCCUGGAAGCGCAACUGACAGCCUGGCGGGAAUGGAGCGACCGCCGCUGA